AUGAGCAGGGCACUUUUGCGCUCCGUCCUGGAGCUGCGCACUCCCGUUACGCGCCUCCCUCCGUCUUUCCUCCUCCCCUUCCGUCCCGCCGCCGCGCCCGCCGCUCGCUUCCUCCACCAGACUGUUCAGCAAGUUGAGCCCACCAGCCAGUCCGAUGCUGCCGCUGCUGCCACCCUGUUCAAGGCCAGCCCACCAAACGCCACCAUCACCACCACCACCACCACCACCCCCACAACACCAGAGGCUGUUCCCAGCACACCAUCACCGAUAAGCCAGCAAGUCAAGGAGCUCCUCCCCGUGCUCGCCGCGCAGCCGGGCCACUACACCACCAUCCACAUCCACGGCAAGCCGUACCUCGUGACCGAGGGCGACACGGUGAAGCUACCGUUCAAGAUGCCCGGCGUGGCACCCGGCGACGUCUUGCGCCUCAACCGGGCCUCGGUUAUUGGUUCCCGCGACCUGACGCUCCAGGGCGCGCCGUACGUGGACGAGCGCCUGUUUGAGUGCCGCGCCGUCGUCAUGGGCACCGAGAGCGAGCCGAUGCGCGUCAUGAUCAAGAAGAAGCGGAGGUGCAGGAAGAAGAAGCACGUGUUCAGCAAGCACAAGUACACGGUUUUGCGGAUCAAUCAGCUGAAGAUCAAUGAUGUUUCGAACCUCUGA